GGGGACGGGAGUUUGAGCCAGGACAGGGAGGGAGGAGGGUAGGAGCCCGGGUUGGGCAAACUCCGAGACAGCAAGAGCAGUGGUGGCGGUGGCAGUGGCAGCCGGAAUAGCACUGAGGACUUCCGGUAGCGGGAACCCGAGUCAUGGACCAUAUCACGGUGCCCAAGGUAGAAAACGUGAAAUUGCUGGAUCGUUAUGUGGGUAAGAAACCAGCUAAUGGGAUUCUGUAUCUUACUGCAACCCACCUGAUCUAUGUGGAGGCUUCUGGUGCAGCCCGGAAAGAAACAUGGAUUGCACUGCAUCACAUUGACACUGUGGAGAAGUUGCCUAUCACUAGCCUGGGCUGUCCCCUGAUUCUCCACUGCAAGAACUUCCGGGUGGCCCACUUUGUCUUAGACUCCGACGUUGUGUGCCAUGAGGUUUAUAUUUCACUGCUCAAGCUUUCUCAGCCAGCAUUACCCGAAGAUCUAUAUGCUUUUUCUUAUAAUCCCAAAUCCUCAAAAGAGAUGAGGGAAAAUGGAUGGAAAAUGAUUGACCCAAUAUCAGACUUUGGGCGUAUGGGAAUACCCAAUAGAUACUGGACCAUAACAGAUGCCAACAAAAACUAUGAGAUAUGCAGUACCUACCCUCCUGAAAUAGUGGUUCCUAAAUCUGUUACCUUGGGAACGGUGGUUGGAAGUUCGAAGUUCAGAAGUAAAGAACGUGUACCUGUGCUCUCCUACCUCUACAAAGAGAACAAUGCUGCCAUUUGCCGCUGUAGCCAGCCUCUGUCUGGAUUUAACACUCGCUGCAUAGAUGAUGAGCUCUUGCUAGAGGCCAUUAGCCAAACAAACCCAGGGGGCCAGUUUAUGUAUGUUGUAGACACAAGACCAAAGUUGAAUGCCAUAGCCAACCGAGCAGCUGGGAAGGGGUAUGAAAACGAAGACAACUAUGCCAACAUUCGCUUCAGGUUCAUGGGCAUUGAGAACAUCCACGUGAUGCGGAGCAGCCUGCAGAAACUCUUGGAAGUUUGUGAAUUGAAAACUCCAACAAUGAGUGAAUUUCUUAGCGGCCUGGAGAGCUCAGGGUGGUUGAGACACAUUAAAGCUAUUAUGGAUGCUGGAAUUUUCAUUGCAAAGGCAGUGAAGGUAGAAAAGGCCAAUGUCUUAGUCCAUUGUUCUGAUGGGUGGGACCGCACAGCACAAGUCUGCUCUGUGGCCAGCAUCCUCCUAGAUCCAUUCUAUAGGACAUUCAAGGGACUCAUGAUCCUGAUAGAGAAGGAAUGGAUAUCCAUGGGCCACAAGUUCUCUCAAAGGUGUGGCCACCUGGAUGGGGACGCUAAAGAGGUAUCCCCUAUCUUCACCCAGUUCCUAGACUGUAUCUGGCAAUUAAUGGAACAAUUUCCUUGUGCCUUUGAGUUUAAUGAAAACUUCCUGCUGGAGAUCCAUGACCAUAUUUUCUCCUGCCAAUUUGGGAACUUUCUUGGAAACUGCCAGAAGGAUCGGGAAGAUCUGAGAGUCUAUGAGAAAACCCAUUCUGUGUGGCCUUUCUUGGUUCAGAGGAAACCAGACUUCAGGAACCCUCUCUAUAAAGGCUUCACUAUGUAUGGGGUACUCAAUCCUAGCACUGUGCCCUACAACAUUCAGUUCUGGUGUGGGAUGUAUAACCGCUUUGACAGAGGGCUGCAGCCCAAGCAGAGUAUGUUAGAGAGCCUCCUGGAAAUUAAGAAGCAGAGAGCAAUGCUGGAGGCGGAUGUGCACAAACUGGAAAAGAAACUGAAAGGUCAUGAUGAGCCACCAGAAGUCUGUACCUGUUCUCAGUUAGGGAAUUUAUUAUCUCAGCAUCUGGGAAGUCCUUUGACCAAUCCUCUUGGCUUUAUGGGUAUCGAUGGAGACCUGAAUACCUUGAUGGAGAAUGGUACCCUGUCCAGGGAAGGAGGCCUCCGAGCUCAGAUGGAUCAAGUAAAAAGCCAGUGUGCAGAUCUCUACUGUGACUAUUGUGGAAUCAUGGGCAGCCUUAGGGCCAUAAACAUUUCUGGGGAUGUGGGCUUCUCUGGAGACACAGGCAACUCCAAGGCCAAGGGCAUCUCUGGGGCCAUGGGCAUCUCUGGCAACUCAGGUAUUUCUGAGGCUAUGGGCUUCUCUGGGGACAUCAGCAUCUCUGGGGCCAUGGGCUUCUCUGGGCACAUGGACAUCUCUGCGGACAUAGGCAUCUCCAAGGCCACCAUCAAGGAGGCAGACUAUUCCAAGCAACAGUAAGCUACUCAUCUGCUUCCAUACUAGGUGCGCUUGCAGCACCCACAAUGAUCCUUGUUCCAAAGAAGGUUAUGCUUUUCCAGUUGGUUUAAAUGGGUGAGACCAGGGCACCUCUCUUCCCAUUAAAAGUCUGGAAUGGGAUUUAGGGCCUUUACUGAUUAAGUGACCAGUAUAUGCAAGCCAAGCAGCCCAGAACAUAGGCAAAAGAAAGAACAUGUUAUUGUUCUAGAAUGGGAUUUAACUUUAGAAAUGUUGCCUUUCAGCUGAGAUAUUAGGCUGGUUCCAUUAUUCCAUUUUUUUUUUAAAUAAUCAGCCUCCUCUACUUUUCCACCCUCAUUGCUUUAGCUUGAGAACAAAGUGGAAAUAUUGUCACAGUGGAGAACUAAGAUGCUGUUGAGGGGAUGGAGAGACAGUGUGUGGCAGAUAACUGAAUUGCAGAAGGGUUUAAAAGAAAGUUUUACUUCCAGUUAUGUUUAGUCAUAGGAUGUAAGCUAACAUUAUUGCCAAUAGAGACCCCAACAUUUGCCUGAGAAAUAAAUGAAAAUGAUCUUUAACUCUUAGCAUGGGCGCAUGGGUGCUUGGUGGUUUAGAACAUAUAAGGAAAUAGUUUUAUUAAAUUACAACACUUGUUCUCCUCAACCCACAGCCCAGCUAGGUCUUGUAAUACUCACUUAGUCAACUCCUUUUUUCACAGAUAGCCCAUAGGUAAACUUGCAUCUGCUACAUUCUAAAAUGAUCAAUUCCAAAUUAGUAGGGUCUGAAUUAAUAACAUUGAUUAAUAGUUUCUCAACAUCAGAAGACAACUGAAAAUCUCAGUGCUUUAGACCCAGGCUUACACGUGGCCUAUUUGCCCAUCUGAGUUUUCCUUCUUAGGUAUUUUUAUGAAGACCAGUGGUUUUGCUUCUCUAGGCAUGACAUCAGGUUUGUAGAUUUUUAGAUACAAUUGGCACUACUUUUAAAAUCUAGUAGGUUUAUCACCUUGUGCUAAUGUACACUUUGGGAAAACAGUUCAUUCUUAUAGCAGGCCCAAAUACCCCUGGGAGAAGAUAUGUGUUCCUUGUUGUUUAAACACUAGAUUUUCCCCUUGGGGUUGAUACACUUGCUGUACACUUUCCUAUUAGAUAUUCAGUUAUGAUUUACCCACUUCCACAUGCUGGAGUCAGGUAGGAUUCAGGAAGUUUGGGUCAUGCAAUAUAUUGUCAACAUUUCUGUUGCCAACAGAAUCCAGAUCCUCACCUAAGAUGUGUAUUCCAAAUACUCCGUGCCUGGUUUAAGCUCAAAAAUGAUAUGCGUUAGUGAAAGAGCCAUCUCUGUUACUGCCACAUCCAGUUGUAAACACAAACGUCUCUAAAGGAUCACCUUAUUAGUUACUUUUCUUUGUAAGAAAAGAAGUGCCUUUUAAUUUAAGUGUUAGAAGUGGGAGAGAAGAACCAGGAUAGUUCCUUUAUUUCUUACCCCUAGCUAAACUGUGGACCAGAAAGAACCUUCCUCUUUAGAGGAAGAACUCUAAAUCAUUUUGGUUGUCUUUUUUUCAUAUGUAAAUUGGAGCCAUUUUUCUACUUACCUCCUCUUGGUAGCUGAUUUAAUUGUGUUUUUAAAGAACUAAUUCAUUUGAGUCUUUUACAUUUAUAAAUAUGGGCCAUUUUUCUACUUACCUUUUCUUGAUAGCUGCCUUGUUUCUGUAAUUUUAAUGGACUAAGGUGAUUUCCUAUUGUAUCUUCUUUGUUCCCCCUCUUCCCACAAUUUGGUCCUUGGCUUAUACAACCUAAAUCAUCAGAUGUUGCCAGUUGUUGUUUGACUCUUACUUCUGGAAAAAAUUGGGAUUUGUGCAAAUAAUUUUGAUUUGGAGGCUUCAUCUAACCCUGGUUUUGUGAAGGAAGUUGUCAAAGAGAAUGACAGUACUAAUCAUCUGCCACAGUUGAAUCUAUUCUGGGUCUUGCUUUAUUAAACCCAGGGCUUUCUCCCAUAUCUCAAUCUGAAUUUUACAAUCUAUUAACUAGCAUGAUAUUCCAGAUAUAGUGUGUUAAGGUUGUUUUGGGGAAAGGAAAAAGACAAAUGGCAAGACAUAGUAAUCUUUGCAAAUAAAAUUACUAUCAAAGGUUUAUUUCUACAGACCUGUACAAGGGCAGCACAUAGUACCAAACCUUAUUUCUUAAAUCCAAAACAAAAUUAAUCAACAGUGAAAAGGUCUUUUCAAUACAGUUAUAACCUGAGAAGUGGUAAAGAGCCACACUGGUAUUUCCAAAAGCAAAAACAAAAUUUUCAAAAAGGGUGUCUUAUUUUGUUAAUGAUCUAAGUCCAUGGAAUCAAUUUCAGCCUAAAGAUCUGUGAGGUCAAUUUGUUUGGUCUUUUAUUAUUUUUAUUCUCCAACAUGUUCCAUUGUUGCUUGUAUAUAACAUACAUGGAGCUAAGGAAAGCCUUAUGAAGAUCCCCUAGUUACUCUUAACACCAAACACUUCCCUGUUUCACAGUUGGGUUUGAAAUUCUGAGAGAAGAAAAAAGUUCAGUGGAAUCCAAAUAUUUAUGUACUGGUAGAAAUCCAGUGGCUAUCAAUAGUCAGGAGCCUAGCAAUAGAGAAUAGACUCCUGAAGGAAAGUUGCUAGGUGUACUAGAAAAGAUGAUCUAUUAAUGGCUUUCAUUUCAUACCUUCAUAUAGCACCUAUGCUGUAAAAGAAAUGUUACUGUCCUACCCUUCCAGUUCCCUGAGCAGAAAUUCCAUUCUCAUGUGACUGCCCCACUUAAAUAGGAAAGCAAUUAACCCCUUGCCACUGUCUCAUCCACUAACCUGACCUCUGCCUGUUUUCUACACAAGUUUCAUGGACCUGGGGUCACUACUUCUCUUUUCUAAGCAUGAGGCAGGCCCUGUGCCUGUGUUGUGGCCAUGCUCAGAUUCUGCACACCUUUUUUUUUUUUUUUUAAAUUCAUUAGUUAUUUCUUAGUUUAUAGAAUGACAGAUUCCUCCUGUUAAUAAAUAAAAUAACCAAAUAACCAACCUCAGUUAACAGCUAGUGGUCUGACUUUUUAAAGAAUAGAUUCAGGGAUAUGGUUUGCUAUAUGAAAGAAAACCUGAAACUCUAUUUAGAGCUAAGAGGGCAAGAAUGUAAAGCUUAUGGUGCAUGUACUGGGCACAGUUAUCUUUGGAAAGUCACCCUAGAAAUUGUGUUCAGUUACUACCAAGUCAGUUGUCAUUUCCUGUCAACAUGUAUGGACACAUUUUGUCUGAGACACACCUCAUACUUCACUGAAAGUAAGAUCUUUCCCUGAACCCUUCUGACCCAAAAGAAUCCAAAUCUUUUUAAGGGGCGCUUUUCAAACCAAAUUGCUAAAUAUUUAAGCUUGACCCAAUUUAGCAGAAGGAGAAGUUUAAUAACUAUGUCAGAUCUUUGUUACAUACUGGCUUUUAUUAAACACAUAACAUCUUUUCCUGAUGCUAUUAAACUCUGAUAUACCACCAGGAAAUCUUUCUAGGAUAGCAUUUCAUAAAAUGGCUUUUUUUCAAACAGUUGCACAGGGAAAUGUAAAUUACCUUUAAGAAAAAUACUUCUCUCAAAAUGGGUAUACUAUACUUUAGAUUGGUUUGUACCUAGAAAGAUUGUUCUCACUUUCUCUCUUAAUUCCCAGUGUGUAUGAUUUAGUGAUAGCUGUUGUACCAAAUCUUUCCUCCACCCUCAGGCCACUCCCUCCCAGAAUUCUAUGUAUAGUACAGGCAGAUAGGAUUCCAACCAAAUAUGUUUACUUUCUUCUAAGUGCCAAAUCGAGACCUGACUUUUGAUAUAGUCAUCUAAAAUAAAACAAAAAGUAGACAUGGAUUAAGCCUUAAACUUUUCCCUUUGGGCUUAUUUUUCUUAUAUAACGUGAAAAAAAAUUCGUUUGGCUAUUAGGUGACACCAAACAGACAAAAGACAACAGAAAAGAUUUGGGGUUAUAAAGGACUAUUAGUUUGUUAUCGUUUUAAAGGCAGUUCUGUUUUCAAAGCAUUUGAUGGCAGCCUGGAAGCUUUUCCAAGGCAAAAAAGAAAAGCAAAAAAAGUAAUGUUCAAGCCAUACUGAACAUGUCUUCUCUGAUACCCUGGCUGUGAGACCAACAGUCUGUGCCUUCCCCUUAAAUAGGAAGUAUUGGUUUUGUUACCAAUCAUGGCAGCCCAUGUCUCCUUUAGAUGUCAGUGCAAGUAAAAGCGUGUUACAUGCUCUCAUUUGUGACUUGUCUUCACAAAAGGCAAGUGUGCUUUAAAAGCAAGUGUCUGCUUUAGGCCCGUGUGUCUUGCUGGGGCUAAACAAAAACAUGUUCAGAAUUUGGCCAGUGUGAAACCAAAGUCCAGUGCUCUGUCCCUUGGUGUUUUCUAAAGCUUUGGGGGGAGGGGACUGAAAGCCUCUUUCUCUUCCAAAGCUUUAUUGCCUUUCAACCAUUUGUGUAGCUUUGUACUCUGACUCUUUAGAGGGCCCUACACCAGCCCUGACAGAAGAUCAGUUGUGGAAAAGGUGAGUCGGGGAGGGCAGGAGGGAAGAGAAGGUAAAACAGAAAUAUACCUGGCAAGUUAAGCAAAGGAGCAUAUGCCAGUCCAGGAUGACCAGCAUUCUAGUUAUUUAAGAUUUCAUGUGGUCCAGAAAAUGUCCUCUUUUCCAGGUAGUACUGUGGCUGAUGUAUUUUCUUUUAAGGCUAUCUUUUACAUUAGCAGAAACUCUUUCAUUAAGAAUUCUCUGAGUUGCGUAUUUUCUUUGUCAAGACUUUUCUCUGAUAGGGUAUGUGGUCCUGGAUCUUUUUUUCUUUUAAAGGGUUAAGGAUGGUGGGUGGUAUUCUCUUCCCUUAAUAAGUCCCUAAGGCAGAUGAGUCUUGAGCCCCUUCUUUGCCUCUUUGUAGCUGAAACAUCAUUGGACCCCUCACCAGUAAGGUGAGAAUAUGUACACCAAAGUCACUAGGUGUUCACUGUUCAAAUACCAAUGUCACUGAUCCCACCUCACAUGCAAUUGGACACACUGGUUCACAUAAAGUAUCUCCACCAUCUCCGCCUCACUCACAUUUGCAGACACCAUUGUUUCUGUAAUUUGUGAAUGCCAAUAGGCAUGCAGAGAACAUAUUCUAGCUCUGAAACAGAGCAUGUUCUGUAUUCUAGUUAACAGUGCCUCAGGCUUAGGAACAGCUAACAUGUUCAGUCUUUUUGGAAUGUAGCUUAUAGUAAGAGUAUUUAUGUAUGUAUAUGUGUUUACUCUAACUUUAGUAGCAUGUAGUCUCACAAGUCAUUUGGGCAUUCAGAUGAAGAGAAUUUAUCUAAGAAUAAAAAUCUCUUUUAGUGCUAGACCUCUAACUUUGAUAUUGUCCAGCUAAGUGCCAUGAGGACUUUAAGGUAUGUUAAGCCAGAGAUAACAAACCAAAGUGAUGGUGAAACAAUUGGCCUUUUCCCUGGGAUGUAUUGAUCAGGCAGCUUUAGAAGUAGGAUUCAUUUAUAUGACCAAUGUUGUCUGUAGUGUGUUAAUGUUAGCCACACGUCUGCUUUGGACAUCAUGCACCUGAUGUAUAAAUCAGAAUACAAGCUGCGUAGGUUCUUUGAGAACCUGACUUUUCAUUAGCCCCAGGUUUAUAGAAUGACACUGCCACAGCAGUUCAAGUCUGAACUUGCCAAGGUACAACAGUAUGUAUGAUUAACCUUAAACUUCCUGUUGUGUGUUAUCUUGAACCUGUCAUACCACUGGGGUAUGGGUGUGUGACCCCAUCAGGAUGUUCACUGCCAUUUGUUUAGUCCAGGGCCAAAUUGCUCACUGGCCCCCUUCUACAGUUGUGUUCCAGUUUGAAGAUGUUUGGUUGAUACAGUUUUUUGGUCUAAAAUUAAAAACCUUCAAUCUUU